CUGUCAAGUAUCAACAAAAAUAAAAUUUAAAGAGAAGAUCAAAAUAAAUGAAAUAAAUAUUAUUAGUUAUUAAUUAAUGUAUAUUAUUUUUAUGGAAAAUUCAUGGAAAUUUUGUUAUAAAAUGUAGUUUUUUAAAAAAGUACACAAAUCUAGUGAAUUAACAUAAAAGAUUCAUAUUUCUACCAAAAGCACCGAAAGUGUAUUAAUUUGAGAAUAUCGAUUUUAACCUUUUUCGCAAUAUUUCUUUUUAACGAAAAAGAUGAAAAACAAAGUCAAAAAUACUUUUUUCAACAAUAGAAAUACUGUUGUUGAUUGACACUUUCCGCACAUGUUUAUCAUAGAGAAACAAAAUCGAAUGUAAACAAAAGAGGAAUAAUUAAUGAAUUAUUAAUUUUGCAAAUUCUAUCAAAAGCGAGAAAAUGUUACAAACUUUUGUCAAACACUCAGCAAGUCUGAGACACAAGAAAAUACUGUGUCGAUAUAAUUUGGGGUUAUAUUCCUCUCAAAUGUUGAUUCACCACGGACCCAAGUCCGCAAUUAUUCACGAUUUAGUAAAUUUCAAUGAAGAUGAAUUUAAAAAGAGGGACAUUGAUCCAAGAAUUGAAAAGUGGAGAUACAAAUUGUUAUUCUCUGAUUAUUUUCUACAAAGAUCAUUAAGAUUUGGACAUGAUGAAAAUAGAAGAAUUAUAAAUCUAAUGAAACAGAAAUUGGAUUCAAUGGAGAGAGAAACAUUAAUGACAACUCCUGUAUUUAGUGUGACAUUAAACAAUGAUGGUGAUGAUAAAAAAUCUAUGGAAGAAAAUACUGAAGAAGUCUCAGAAGAAUUGGAUGUUGACUCGAAACCUAUUUACAUGCCUUACGCUGCGAAAGAUAGUUUUCAAACGGUUGCAACAAAAAUUCUAAAGUCGACAACAAAAAAUGACACACUAAACAAAAAGUUUAAAGUUCUUUACGAAAAAUACUUGGAAACUAUGAAAACUACAGAACAAACUGAGAAUUUACAGAAAAAACUCUGCGUACGAUUGGGAGACGAUUUAUCGAAAAUUCCAUCAAACUGGAUGACUGAUUAUGAGACAUUUAAUGACAAAUAUGAAGACUCCUGGGAAGCACAGUAUGGAACAUCGAAUCCUGAUUCUCAAGUUACUUCCGUUCCAUGCGGUGGAUGUGGUGCACUACUUCAUUGUAAAGAUUCCGAAAUUCCCGGCUAUUUACCAUCGGAAUUAUUGGAAAAUCAAAAUAAAGAUGUUCUCAAGACUUUAAUUUGUCAGCGUUGUCACUUUAUGAAAUUCUAUAAUACCGCACUGGACGUGAAGGUUUCUCCGGAAGAAUAUCCUGAAUUAUUAAGAGCCAUAAAAAACAGAGGCUGCGCUGUUAUCUUAAUAGUUGAUCUCACAGAUUUUCCAAAUAGUAUUUGGCCGGAUAUUGGUGCCAUUAUUGGACGUAGAACACCUUUAUUUGUUGUUGGCAAUAAAAUUGAUCUACUUCCUCAAGACAGUCCAGGAUUUUUCAAUCACAUUACCGAGUAUUUACGAAAUGAAGUUGUGAAAAUUGGUGUCAGGGAGCAAUGUAUAAAACACGUUGCACUUGUUUCGGCGAAAUCUGGUUUUGGAAUUGAAACACUUAUCACGAAAAUUCAGAACAAGUGGCGUAAUAGAGGUGACGUAUACCUAGUAGGCUGUACGAACGUAGGAAAAUCUUCGUUGUUUAACGCAUUACUACAGUCUGAUUUUUGCAAAGUUCAAGCCAUCGAUCUUAUACAACGAGCAACAACUUCUCCCUGGCCUGGGACGACCUUAAGUUUACUUAAAUUUCCUUUAACUAAUCCCAAUAAAUGGCGAGUUUUUGAGAGAACUAAAAGACUUAUGGCUCAAAAUGAGAGUAAACGCUGGAAUGAAAAGUUGCUCAGGCAUCAAUUCAGUGUGUCGAAAAAUUUCCUUUUCGCUACACUUCAAGGAAGAAUUGGAAGAACAUUUCAAGUUCCUAUAAAAGAAGACGAAAUUGAUAAUUUUUCCUUAGGCACUCAUAGAACGGUAAUUCAGAAAAAAUUUGGUUUAGAUGAAAAUGCAGAAGAAUUUGAAAACAGCAAAUGGUGCUACGACACUCCGGGAAGUAUUCAUCCGGAUCAAAUUUUACAUCUUUUGACCACUGACGAAUUGCUGAUGACACUACCGAGUCGAAUAAUUGUUCCUCGAACAUUUGUCAUUAGAGAAAAUCAAACUUUAUUCCUUGCCGGAAUGGGCAGAAUUGACUUUUUGAGUGUUCCAUCGUUUAUAAGAUGCACAGUUUUUGCAAGUCACAAACUCCCAUUGACAAUUUGUUAUACAAAUGAUGCUGACGUUAUCUACGGCGAUUUAUUGUACACUAAAGCUUUUGGAGUUCCUACAAAUGACCCGGAACGAUUGAGAUUAUGGCCGGAAUUAGUUUCUAGGGACAUGGAAGUUACUGGAAUAUCUGAAGAAGAAUCUGCUGCAGACGUUGUACUCUCAAGUGCCGGUUGGGUAUCAAUUACACCAAAAGCAGACGAACAAAUUUUCUUGAAAGCUUGGACACCGGAAGGAAAGGGAUUAUUUUUAAGAACUCCUGCUCUUUUAAAAAAUUCAGUAAACCUUCGAGGAGUGAGGAUAGCAAACACUCCGGCAUACAAAAAAGGAAGAGCAAUUUACACCAAAAGACCCGAUUUUUAAUUUGUUGAUAUUUUGUAAAUAUGUAAAAAAAAAGAUAUUCGAAUGUUUUUAUAAAAGUCGAUAGAAUAAAGUCCUUUUUAACGGA